AUGCAACACCAUGGUCAACAUCAACAUAAUCAACACCAUGGUCAACAUCAACACAAUCAACAUCAUGGUCAACAUCAACAUAAUCAACACCAUGGCCAACAUCAACACAAUCAACAUAGCCAACAUCAUGGCCAACAUCAACAUAAUCAACAUAACCAACAUCAUAACCAACACCAUAAUCAGUCACAUCCAAAUCACAAAAAUCAACAUCAAAAACAAAAUCAAACUCAACAAUCUACACAACAACAACAACAACAACAACAAAAUGUACAAACAUCAACAACUCAAUCACCUCUUCUACAACAAUCACAACAACCACAACAACAACAACCACCAACUUCAAAUCAAAGACAACAACAACAACAUAAUAAUAAUACAAAUAAUGUUACAACAAUUAAUAAUCAAACAAAUAUUAAUAUUAUUAAUAAUGAUUCAGAUAAUGAAGAGUUAUUAACAACAGUUAAUCAUUCUAAACCACCACCAAAUGAAUCUAAAAGAGGUGAAUUGGUAGAGAGUCCAGUUUCUAAACAACAAUAUAAACACUUUAUUAAACAAUUUAAAUUAAAAGAAAAAGAAGGAUUAGAGAUUGCAAUGGAAUUUGCUUUUCAAUCAUUAAGUGUUUUACCAGAAAAAGUUCAUUGGAGAGUUUAUUUAGAAUUGGCAGAUUUGGCUAACCGUCAAAAUAACCUUAAGUUGGCUCGUAAAUUCUAUAGAAAGGUUACAAGUACUCAACCCUAUAUUAGUCAAGGUUGGUUAGAGUAUGCUAAAAUGGAGGAAGAUUAUGGUCGUCUUGAGAAAUGUCAAAAGAUACUUCAAUUGGGUCUUAAACAUUGUCCAUUCAAUGAGAGUUUAUUGAUUAAAGGUAUUCGUCAUGAAGAGAAAAUGGAUAAUUUAGAGGGAGCAAGAGCAUUACUUUCUCAACUACGUGAUCAAUCAAUCUAUAAAACUUGGAGAGCUGUAAUGGAGGGUGGUUUAUUGGAGGCUCGUGCUGGUAAUAUUGAUGUUGCUAGAAAGAUCUUUAAAUAUCUCAUGAAACAUGUACCUUGGUAUGGUCCAAUCUAUCAAGAAGCUUAUAAACUUGAAGAGAGAUGUGAAGAGUAUGAACGUGCCAUUAACAUUGUAGAGAAAGGUUUAUUUGAAGAUCCAAAAUAUGGUCCACUUUGGUUUAGUGCAUUACGUCUAUAUGAGAAAACUAGUCAUGGUUUCCUUCAAUCAACUCGUAAUACCGUUGAACGUGCUAGACAAGCUGUAUCACGUGAAGUAACUUGGAAAAUCUAUUUCGAAGCAGCUCAAAUUGAAGAACGUUCAAAAAAUUUAACACUCUCUAGAGCUGCCUAUGUAAAGAGUGUCGAGCUUUGUCCAGAGAAUUUAUUAUGGAAAGUUUGGUUAGGUGGUAGCAGAACAGAAUUAAAUGCUGAUAAUAUUUGUAUAGCUAGAAAAUUGGUUUUCCGUGCUCUAGAGGAGGUACCAUCCAAAUUAAGAUCAUUGGUAUUAUUGGAAUAUUCAAGAUUAGAGGAAUAUGCAGGUAACAUUAAUAAAUCACGUAGAAUUUUAAAGAUGGCUCAUGUAGAAGCACGUUUAGAUUGGAAAGUAUUUUUAGAAAGUGUAUUACUUGAAAUGAGAGCAAACAAUUAUGAAGCAGCAAUUAAAGAAGCAAAAGAAUCUUUAAAAAUUCAUAGUGGUGCUGGUAGACUAUGGGCUGCUCUUAUUCAAUUAAAUCAAUUAAAAGGUGUUAAAUCACAAUUAAAUGUUUUUAAGAAAGCUUUACAAUUUGUACCAAAAUCUGGUGAGGUUUGGUGUGAAGGCGCUAGAAUUGCAUUAAAUAAUAAUGAACUAAGAGAAGCCAGAAGAUUUUUAGAAUUUGCAAUUCAAUUUACACCACAAUUUGGAGAUUCAUUUAUUGAACUACUUCGUUUAGAGAUUAUGGAGAAAGGUCCAAAUUGUGAUAUUUCAAAAUUGGAACAACUUUGUAUCAAUGCUGAUCCAAAUUAUGGAUUUAUGUGGCUUCAUUGUACAGUUUGCGUUUUAGAUAGCAGUAGACAAGUAUUGAGAAAUGCUAAAAAAUUAUUACUCGAAAUGACACAACCAAAAGAACAAUAUCUUGAAGAAAAAAAACCUGAAUAUGGUUCAUGUUGGGUUGGUUCAGAUGGUGUUUUAUCAUUGAAUAGAGUAUUUAGAAAUGACUUUAAUAAUAUGUCGAACCAAGAGAAAAGGAAAGCCCUCUUUGGCUCUGAUGUUGUGAAGCCAUAG